CAUCACUGUUUAGCCGGAUGACCGAUCACUACAUGCCAGAUAUGGUGCUUCAGGCGACGACAGCAAAGCCCUCGGAGUGGGAAGCGACCCUAAAACGGGACCUCAAUCUGGCCGCUCGCUUUACGCUGUACGAACAGCAUCUCACCGAGAAUAAUGCGAUCAUCGCCAAUCUGGACAAACAUGAGGUGCGGUUGCAUUCUUCCCAGUCCCUGGUGGACGGUGAUAUCGUUGGCAUGUCGCAGUUGGUUAGCUCAAUGCUGGAAGCCGUCAACGCGAUGUGGUCCGCGGGCAUAUCCGCUUAUCAGUGUAUGGCAUUCAUCGAGUCGAAGCUGCGCGAGAUGUACCUACAAUCGGAGACGAUCGCGAGCGUAAUGCUCGCCACGGACUUUUGCACCACGGGUUCCAUCACCUCCGCCAUGGAUAUUACUGCGAACGAUAUGGAUCUUCUGAUGUCGGUUGCGUCCGUCCACACGCCAGAGGUCACCAAGCGAUAUCGCGUUUUGAUGCGCUAAGACGCCACGACGAAGGGAGAAUAUCUGCGAAUUCAGGUUGGAAGAACGAUUGUGAUAUUAGAGUUAGAGGAGGAGAAGGAGAAAAAGGAGGACGGUUGUGCGACGCCGGUCCUCCGGACGCACGGAAGUGGAAGUCUGUAUAGGUUACGAAGAGUAUUCCUUAUAAUCCGCUCUCUCUGUUUCUUUGUCCCCACCCGAACCCUCCUUACAUGCUUCUUGUCUUUAAAAAAAAGCCAUGUGCAGCUUGCCAAACAGUAUCCAGACGAGUAUAUAGCAUAAGGCACACACUCUUUAGGUUUGUAAUUGUACAGGAGACACAACGGUGUGAUGAUCGAUCGUUGAGGUGAGAGAGCAAAGAGAAUGGUGAAUUGCAAAGCAAUAGCACAGCACUCUGCCAUGCGGGGGGAGUGUAUUGUGAUCACUCUGUAGGUUGUGAGUUAUGUCAGGGUGCGGCGUACGGGGUCGCUAUCGUAGCCUAGAGCCGAAGGCUAUAGCUAGGUAAGCUAUGAUGAUCUUGGGGGGUAAAGUGAAUCGUGUUAAACUUGUGAAUUUGUGGUUUGUCAUAGAGAUACUAGCUGCUAGCUACGACGUGGAGCAUAUUUAUUGAAUAUGCAAUAAAGUCUUUAUAAGAAAAUGAUAAAUGAAAC